AUGGAAACUCUUCACAUAUCAAACUUCAAAAGUUGGAAACAAGAACUAGAAUUAUGUCUAGGAUAUAGUGAUUUUGAGCAUGUGCUGCAUGAGGAUCCACCAGCCAAGUUGACAACUACUAGUUCCAAAGAAGCUAAGGACAAAUAUGAAAAGUGGUACAAGCACAAUGGGAUGGCCCUAAUUAUUAUGAAGAGAUCUAUAUUUGAGGAUGUGAAUGGUGGAAUACAUGAUGCAAAGUUAGCAACUCAGUAUUUUAAAAACAUUGAAGAGAAGUACCAAAUAUCGGACAAAGCUGAAACUGGAGCCCUUAUAAACACUCAUACUGGAAUGAAGUUCGAUAGAGUUGGACGUAUCCGAGAAUAUAUUCUGAAGGGUAGUGAAAUUGCAGCAAAAUUGAGGCUUUAG